AUGGAGGGAAGUGAGGGGGGAGAAGCACUCACCAUAAUUAGGCAGGAGAUGGCACAGAUCUCUGCCCAGAUGCUGACCAAGGCAGACACCGGCAACCUGCUGCAUGAGUUUAGGACGGUGGUGAGGGAAGAAAUCUCCGCUCUGCGCACAGACCUGGCGGCAGUGGAGGUGAGGGUGGAGGCGCUGGAGACAGAAACACAGGCGUGCCGCAAUCAGCACCGAGCCACCGAGCUUGUGACCACCCGCCAGGGUAACCUCCUCCUGACCCUGCGCCGCCAGGUGGAAGACUUAGAAAACCGCAGCCGCCGCCAAAAUAUUAGGAUCCGCGGCCUGCCGGAGCCGGACUCCACACCGCUCCAGGAGACAGUGAGAGCCCUCUUCAGGCAGAUCCUGGGUGAGAGAUGCCCCACGGAUCUCUACUUUGACAGGAUACACAGGGCUCUGGGACCCCAGAGACAUGACGGGAAGCAGAGAGAUGUCCUCUGCUGCCUCCAUGCCUAUAGCCUCAAAGACCAGCUGAUGACCGCCACCAGCGGGACGAACACGAUCACGUUCCAGGGUGCGGAGGUAGCUCUUUUUCAGGACCUGUCCAGCCUCACUUUGGAUGCAAGACGUGCACUCAGACCAAUCACCGCGGCGCUAAGAGAUAGAAACAUCGUAUACAGGUGGGGAUUCCCCUUUAGCCUCCAGGUGAGACACGGCGGCUCGUGGCUGCGGAUCCGAUGGCCAGAUGACGUGCCACCGCUGCUGAGGACCCUUCGCAUCCCCCCAGUGCGCCUCCGGAACUGGCUCUUGGAGACCCCGCUGGCUCCAAGAGGGCGACCCGCUGACCGUGACGCCAAACCAGCAUCCACUCAGGCAAGAGAACCUCCGGCGCGGCUGUGGGGAGGACACGCCGAGGCUGAAGAAUAG